CGGUCUACGGCUCCCCGGCAGGGCAGAGAAUUGCAAGAUAUUCAAAAAAAAAUAGAGAGUCUGUAGAUGCUGGAAGAAACCUUGUGUGCUCUGGAGACGAGCGCGUCCCAACUCUUGACACUGACAAGUCAGCACGGUCAUGUGCCUUCGGCCUUCGGCAACAGCACUUACCGAUCACGUGAAAUGCCACAUCGUUGGGCGGAUAGGAUUUAGUGUCCCGCUCGAGGCAGAACAGUGCAGACCUCUGACGAACAACGUCGUCGUCUUGCUAGCCGGCCGGCCGCCCCUCUCGUACACAACUCCCCAGUCGCGAAAUGAGCACAUGCCCGCACUCGGCACGGCGCUGCAAGUUAGUUAUUUGCAGCCACCCAUCGCUGUAGCUUUCUUCCCGUCAGUUGCGCGAAGUGCACCCGGUCCCGAUAGAAGAGCGAGGGAAGCAAGGGUCGCCCGUGCCGCUGUGCGACCCGACAAUAGCGGGGAGGAUCCAUCUCCCCGUCCCGCAUCUUGGCGCACAUAGUCAGUUCCCUUGCCCUUGCCCUUGUUCUUGUCUCGGGGCUGGGCUCAGAUGGCGUAAGAUGCGGGAGGUCACGCCGAUCCGUAUGUGGGGCUCCCGCUCCCACACGCGACGCAGUGUGCGUUGGGUUGCACGCGGGCCGACUUCUUUCGAUUACGUGCGAGACCCUGACCCUGACACUGUGACAGAUAGCAGCCAGCCAGCCAGCCAACACAUCCAUCAGAGCUCUGCGGUGUGCAAGGAGACAUCGAGUAUGUUGGACUGCGCUCGGAGAGAAGCCCCGGCGGGAGGAGGCGGGUGACAGGGCGUGGCAAUGGGUUUAAUUUAGUCUCAGUCUCAGUCGUCGUCUAGGUGGUUCCCGCCACCCACUCGGGUCACGCUUCCCCCCGCUGUGAAGCUCGCACGCAGGGCAUAAUAUAACAUCGCGUGUAAACACGCCUCCCCCCAGGAUCCCUGUCAGUUUCUCCGCAUGCACGGCCCCAGCUGUCCCGAUAGGCUCUCUUCCUGAUCGCCGCGCGCGAAACCGAAAAGGCAGAACGUCCAAGUAUCCACAUCAGACAGCGACCGACCGACCGACUGCAUCCAUCCAUCCAUCUAUCCAUUGUGUACAUCGCGCGAUGCUAAUGCUGCUGUUUGCCUUCGGUCUGGCCGGAGAUGACAUGACAUGCUUCGCCUGCCCAACUGCAUCUGCGGCCGGAUGCACUUGCCCCAGCCCAGCCCAGCCCGGCGCAACCCGAGGAAGCACCCACACCCCCGAUGCGGCUUCUGCUUCUGUGGGUUCCGAGGACAGGACAGGACAGGACAGGACAGGACAGGACAGUUAUAAGUAUAAGUACAAGGACACGAGAAGCCGUCCGUUGUUGUUGUCGUGUGCGCCCCGGCUUGUUGGCACCCCCUGCCUGCCCCCUUCCCACCUCCCCGCAUCGCGACUGUCAGUCAGCCCCACGCUCGUUUCCCUGCGCGACUCCGAUGGCGAGCGCUCCGCAGCCGCUGCCCGAUGUGCAUCUGUCAUACGGGCCCAUGCUCGUGGGCGUGUUCUUCAAUAUGAUACUCUACGGGAUCCUCGUCGUACAGAUGGUCACCUACGUCCAAACAUACAAGAAGGACGCGAUCUGGAUGAAGAUCUUCAUGGUCUACCUCUUCACGGUCGAGACGACGAACACCGCGCUCGACAUGGCGAUGAUAUACGAGCCGCUCAUCCUGCAGUACGGGCAACAGCCGAAGUAUUUCCCCACCCUGUUCAUGGCCGAGCCGCUGUGCAUCGUCCUGAUAUCGAUGCCCGUCCAGCUGUUCUUCGCGUGGCGGAUCCGGCAGUUGACCAAGACGCUCUGGCUCCCGCUCCUCAUCGCGCUGCUGGCCCUCACGAGCUUCGCCGGCGGUAUUUGGACCACUGCCGAGAUCCAGAUCCUGCGUCUCUUCGCGAAGAAGCCGCUCCUGCACCUCCCGGCGCUGGUCUGGUUUCUGACCUCCUGCGUCGCCGAUCUCCUGAUCACGGUCACCCUGGUCGUCAGCUUGAGCAGGAAGAAGACGGGCUUCGCGGCGACCGAUUCGGUGCUCGAUAAGAUCAUCCGGAUGACGAUCCAGACGGGCGCAGCGACUGCGCUAUUCAGCAUCCUCGACGUCGUGUGUUUCAUGGUUCUCCCGCAUUACGCUGUGAACUUUAUCUGGGAUCUCGCGCUGUCGAAGCUGUACAGCAACUGCCUGCUGUCGACGCUCAACGCGCGCGUCAAGUUCAACGCGGCGUCGUACUCCUCGACGUACCCGCCGCACCAGCACCCCCGCGGAUACGUCAUCUCCCCGCGCGGGUCGAACAAGGACGGCAGUUUCUUGACGACGCAGCAGGACUCGACAUUCACGCCCGAUCCGCUCGAGUUCGGCAUCCGCAUGACCAAAGUCGUCGAGCGCGUCGUCGAUCCCUCGCCCCCCUCGUCCGACUCGGCUGUAUGAUUUGUGUGAUGGAUUGAUUGGUUGAUCAAUCGAUGGGUGCAUGGAUUGGCAGGGCCUCUCUUUGGUUGACCCCCUCCGCGAGUCGCGUAUGUAUACAUAGUUAUGUGCGAACGGGCGGUGGGUCCAGCGGUUCUGGCACGCAGCGGACGUCAGUGUAGUAGUGUGUACUUAUUAGGGUAUCCGGGUCGGCUACUUGGGGUGGGCGUCUACCAUGUGCUUAUUCGUAAAAACUGUACGUUAUUGUUAAAUGAAUGCUUUUCUCGUUCAUCCUCGAAGCGUUGGUUGCCGAUGCUCGUGCAGAUCAACCCGUUCGCUGGGGAUAUCAGACCACGUGAAGAAUCGAUCAUGCGGAAAAUCAGUCACGUGAAAGAGCGGCCGCACACGGACUGGAUCCGGAGCUUGGAAGCCCAGCGAUAACAAUUGACAUAGCUAGCGGCCGCCGAUCGUGAAGGCCCUGGUCCAUAUUCCGCGAUAUGCGUCGUGAAAAUACAGGUUUCCACUCUUCCGCACAGUCCGUUAUGGAUAAGCGGAAGCACAAUUCUACUCGCAAAUUUGUAGCCCUUACUCCGACUACACUCCGGAAUGACAACUCAUUCUAGCCGGACAGCAACCUGCUGUGCACCCAGGAGGUAGGCAGACUCAGAAGCCCGCGAGUGUCGAUGGGCAGGUAGUCUGCACCCGCGGCUGGCCCAGCGUCCAAUCUGACUGAGCCGUGGUAGCACUGUUCGUGGAAGGCUUCGUGAAGCACCCCGCGCACCCGAAUCGCGCGCACCCGCACGCGCUCCAAUGUCUGCCCUCCUUCCCUUCCUCCCCAGAACCUCGCGUCGCGCGUCGUGUCGCUUGUCUUGUCAGGUGAGAACGCCCGCUCUUCUCGCGACUGCGCCCGUGUCUCGAGCCGGGAUUCAGCUCGACAAGCCGGAGCCGGUGGAGUUGGAACAGAAGCUCGUAUCUUCCUUCCUUCCUUCCCUCUUGACGCCGGAUACACUUGUGGGUCGGUGUCUGUCCAUUUGGCUAUGGGCUCCGAAUCCUCGUGCGCUCCUGUUUCUAUCGUUACGGCUUCGCUGUCCUAGCUGGAGGCGACCCAGAGCGCUGCCGCGAGUAGCCAGGCAGUGCUCCAUAAUCCGGGCGUCUGGGCGAUGGACGUCUGUCGAGCACCGUUUUGCCGCGCUGAGCGGAGGCAGGCUCCGGGUAGUAACACUACAGCCCUGGUGAGCGCGUUGAUUGUACAAAUGGAGGCAGAUGUGUGCACACCAUUCCACGGCUGAACCGUAUGCAGGAGACUGGUGACGUCCGAAGCUGGGCCAGCUUCGAGAGACCCUGCGAAGUGCACCGGUCGAAGCGGCCCUCACGCGCUGGGGAUGCUGGACGGUCGCCUCCCUCUGAGUCCCAGACGACAGCGCAUCGCGUUCGUCCUGCCUUUGACGCCGAUUUCAUGCUUGGGAUACGCGGUGUGAUCCAAGAGAGCCGAGCUUGCACUGAGGCAAACACAGGAUGUCAUACAGGCAACACGCACAGGCGACGUAUCGUAGAGCGCAGUCCGGGGCAGUUCUUUGCGAUGCACUGGGCAGGUGGACAGUGGUCCGGCGGGCGUCAGACCCAGCAUCAGCGUGGACCUCAUACCGACAGAGCUUCACUAUGGGGGUGUGCACAUUCGAGUUCUCGCAGCCCGGUCGUGCGGCAUAUGUAUGACGUCUCCCCCGUCCGCCGGGGGAUGUUCUCCCUUCACACCGCACAAUCCACAGCUGAGAACCGUCCCUGAGAGGUAGAUGCACCUCUUCGCCACCACGGUACCGGGCUCCCACCGGGCACCGUGUCUAGGACCCAUCUCCCGAGCCGUUUCGCUUCCCCUCGUCUCAAACACAGUUCCGCCCGUGCUCACCGCGCCAAAACGUAUGAAGUACGGGAUAUACGGCCGAUUAGCGAUACCAGAGCGGUGUGAGGUGUGUCGCAGAGUGUAUGCGUGCGCGAAACAGGAUAUGAGACGGGGUGCACGGUCGUGCAUGCACGUUCGAGCGAUGGGCUGCUGGCUCGCUUGGGCGAGGCAAACAUCUGGUUUCAGCGGUCUGGGAGCGAAUCCGGGUCUCUGGGAUAGAUAAAUGGCGAGUACAUUGACUGAGGUGCACGGGUGCAAAGAACGAGGGCGCAGUGGUUGUUGUAGACUUCGG